AGAAUAUCGGACACAUCGCAAUAUAACAUUAUGAUGUUUACGCUGAUUGUCGUUAUUUGUUGUUCCUGUUACGUCCUUCUGAGAUGGAAAAAAUCGGCUUCAAAUGGGGGAAAAAUGUUUCCCUACCUCAUCGAAGAAAAUAAGAGAUCCUCCAAACCCUCAUCACCAACACCACUAGGGAGAAACAGUGAGGAGGUCAAUCACAGAAUGGGAGGGAGCCAUGUCCACAAUAAUAUUGCUUCAAGGAUACAAAAUUCCACGUCACCCCCUCCGAGUCCUCCCAAGUCCCCCACCAACAAGAAGGUCUCAAACUUAAGAAGAGACUCGAUUUACGACUACAAGUCGGAAGCAGCUAAAAAAGUGGAAUUAAUCGCAAAAAAUCGAGACGAGCGCCGUCAACGGCAAGCAGACGAAAAGGCGCAAAAGGAUCUGAUCAUGCACCUGGAGCAGAACAACCCGUACUGGGAGUUUUCUCAAAUGAUCCGCGACUUUCGGAACGGUAUCGACUUUCGGCCGCUCAGAGAACACGAUCCUGUAGUGGAGAACCAAAUUACGGUAUGUGUAAGAAAACGGCCGCUGAACGAUAAGGAAGACAGGCGGAAAGAGGUAGAUGUUAUUACGGUCAACACUAAGAACCAGCUAAUCGUGCAUGAGCCGAAACAUAAGGUGGACCUUACAAAGUACCUGGAAAAUCAAAACUUUCGAUUUGAUUACGUUUUUGAUGACUCCUGCUCCAAUGACAUCGUUUACAAAUUUACGGCUAAACCAUUGGUUAAAACAAUUUUUGAAGGAGGAAUGGCCACUUGUUUUGCUUAUGGCCAGACCGGCUCGGGAAAAACUCAUACCAUGGGAGGCGAGUUUAGAGGAAAACAGCAAAAUUUCAGAAAUGGCAUCUACGGUUUGGUGGCAGUGGACGUUUUCAAACUACUAAACCAUCAGAAAUACGCCCAAAAGAACUACAUGGUAUCUGCCAGCUUUUUCGAAAUCUACGGUAAACUUGUCUUUGACUUGCUGGCCAAGAAGCAAAGACUACGAGUGUUGGAAGACGGAAAACAGCAAGUUCAGGUAGUUGGACUGACGGAAAAGAUCGUAUCAAAAGUGGAGGAUGUAAUUGAUCUCAUUCAAAAAGGCAGCAUGGAACGCACCUCUGGACAAACAUCUGCGAACUCGAAUUCAUCCCGAUCUCACGCAGUGUUUCAGAUUAUUCUUCGCAAAUCUGGGUCGAAACAUGUUGACGGAAAGUUUUCGUUGAUCGAUUUGGCUGGUAACGAACGUGGAGCUGAUACCAACAAAUCGAAUAGACAAACACGAAUAGAAGGUGCUGAUAUUAACAAGAGCUUAUUGGCUUUGAAGGAAUGUAUUCGAGCUCUGGGGAGAAAAGGCGCCCAUUUGCCAUUCAGAGGAAGCAAACUAACUCAAGUUCUUCGCGAUUCGUUCAUUGGCGAAAAGUCCAGGACUUGCAUGAUAGCUUUGAUUAGUCCAGGCAAUUUCUCUGUGGAUCAUUCCCUGAAUACUCUAAGAUAUGCAGACCGAGUUAAGGAACUAAUAGCCACAGAUAGCCCUGAAGACGACGCAGCCGACGUUGCAAUGUAUGGAGAAGAAGACAUCUCGGAAGACAUAAACGAAGGCGAUGAAGAAAUGCUCCAAGACGAAGAAAGACGCUUGCAUAUCUCCUCAAUGGAAUGGGAGGUGUUGGAAAGCAACAGGCACGUUAUAGAGAGUUGCGUGUACUUUCACAAAAUGGCUUGCGAUCUGUACAAAGCCAGUCAGAAGAACGGUUUCGAUAAAAACCAUUACGCCACGAAUUGGAAGAAUUUGCUUAAUGAAAUGAUUGACAUCCAAAAGGAGGCCCUACUGAAAGCCAAUGAGUUUUGUAACGUAUUGGAUGGUCGCGUGUAGGUUUAUGUUACGUGUACUUCAAGUUUUAUUUAUUUAUUUCCUACUUUAUAAAAAUGCUUUUAUUUUGAAUAAAAUCCAACAGAAACACGGAA